AUGCAGACCACGGAUAUAAGUUUGAAACCAACUACAAAAUGCCGUCUGGAGUUCUUUGAGGAGGCUGUCCUAAACCGUUCACAUUACCUAGCGAGGAUAAAUUUGCUAACGCCAGUGGAACGCCAUGCAACAUGGACGCCGACAUUGGAAGCCCUGUCGCUAGCCAGCAGGUUGAAUUGGCGUGGGCACAGCUGCAGUAUUCCUGUACAAAUACGGCCAGAGAUAGCUACUUAUGUUCCCUCUGAAGUUGCCGAGCAAGGUGAAGACUUCGAAUUUCUGGUGGCCUUUGUGAAGAAAUCAUUCCCAAAGAAUUGGUCCGAGAUGGCUUAUUGCAAAGAAAUCAUCAAAUUAACGUCCGGAUUUAUACGGAAAUGCCGCAUUCGCAAUCUGCAAACCUACCAUGGAAUAGCUGAUGUUUUAGUGCGCCGAACAAACGUAUCCUUCUGGGAAGUACAACAUGAACUUAUGUUUAGAUUAAAUUUACAAAUGAAAGAGGUGUGCGAUUUCAACGUGGAAGCCAAUUGGGCACCCAAAGAAUAUUAAUUAGAAAAUCGAAGUCGUUAUUUGAAAUUGUGUUUGCCCGGACUCAAUGGAAAGCCGCAAGACCAAAUGCAAUUGCGUGUUGUAUUUUUA